UGAACACACGGUUGAACCUAUUUGCAAGGAAAAUGAAAGAAAAAAGGAGAAGAAUAAGAAGAGAAGAGAAAACACACGAAGGCCGUUGCGAACAUCUGUCUUUAAUCGACGCAGCCUUCUAUCUCUGGCCUGCUAUUAUUUCUGCCAAACCCACGGAGUAUUUGGCAGGAAGAAAUCGCGCAGAAUUAUAUGGAGCUUGGGCCACUGGUUCGCAGCAUAUCGGCUUAGUCAUCAUAACAUCGCGCUUUCCUGACGUCAUUGAGUGGCUUCGCUGUGGCGCGGUAGAAGGAGCUCAGUUGUUGCGCCGGAAAAGCGAUGAUGCCUCAAUUCAAUUCCAUGAUACUCCCUUUUGUUUGAUGACUUAAUGCUUAUCCGUGUCUCAUAUACCGAGCUGAAGCAGUUUUCACUCACAUCUUCCACAAGAACAAUUGUUAGCUUUCAUAUUUUACCUUAAUUUUUGGAUACCUCCUCCCAAUAGCUUAGCCAUUUUACAGCUGGGAUCGGCUUGCCAGCCCGCAACCAUGAGUGCCGCGGGUAUCUUUAUUCGUUUCACCAACCUCCUUUUCCGCCUCCUCCAGCUCGCAUGCUCAGUCAUUAUUCUGGGCAUAUUUUCUUAUUUCCUUGCUGUCCUCACUGAUCAUAAUAUGCCCAUUGCACGAUGGAUCAAGGCCGUUGAGGGAAUUUCCGGGGCAGCAACCCUGUACACGCUGGCAGCCUCGAUAUUCACACUGUGUAUUGGCGGGAUAGCAUUCUUCGCCGCACUGAUGCUCAUUCUCGACGUCUGUUUUAUCGCUGGUUUUAUUGCAAUCGCGAUUAUGACUCGACAUGGUGCAGAUUCAUGUUCCGGGAUAGUUAAUACUCCUUUGGGUACUGGAAAUGCAAAUCGACCCGCUCCCGGUUUCGGAGAAGGUGGAUUUGGCACUGGACAUGAUAAAAACUUCACCUAUCUGCCGAGCUUGAGAUCUGCGUGUCGAUUGCAGAAGGGAAGUCUCGCUGUUGCUGUCAUUGGGUGUAUACUCUUCGCCCUCUCCUUAUAUCCCCAAGUUCUCUACGCCCGCCAUCACAAACGCGGCAAACGCUUCGGCCCGUCACCCAGAAACAACUACACAGAAGGCCCCAGUCGCACCGGGCCACGAUCUUUAUGGGGCUUCGGCCCUCGCCGCGCAGCAGCUACCGAUACCUCAGCUAACAGCUAUCCACUGGAAGCAAACCGCGUGUCCGGCUAUGCUCAAGAUGAGAAACCACCCAAUCGCUAUGCAGGUAUAUUUACACGGGGUAGGAAGUCACGUAGCUCGACGGCUGGAGGUCCAGGUAUGGAGGCGCAGCCUCCGACUGCUGGAUAUGGUGCACCUGCGACUGCGACUAGUGCGUAUGCACAUGGUGGCCCGCCUGCAGCCGGCGCGCCCGGGACGGUGGUUGAUAACACUACUGGAGUAGGAGGGUAUGAAAGUGGGGUUGGAGGUGGUACGAGUGCCGGGUACGCGAAUUAUGGAUAUGGCCAGAGCGGCGCCGCGGAUGAUGGGUAUUCCUAUGGGUACGGGGCCAGACCGCAGCAUGAAACGGCGCAGAUCCCAGUGGCUUCGGGCCAGAGAAAUUUCUAAUGGCCUCAAAAUACCUCUCGUUUUUCGUUUUUCUGUUUAACUCUCUUUUGGCCCAGUUUGAUGUGAUCCAGGCUUGUUAGCUCUUAUCAAUAUUAAUACGUUAAGUUACCUUGCUGAAUGGGCAGAUAUGGUAAGCGUGGGUUGCUGAAGGAGCGGUUGUGUCGCGUCUGCGCGCAAUUAUGGCAAACUAGGUAGAUUUGUAUUAUCAUACAGUUACCCGAAGCACCAUAGCUGAUGUAUAUAUGUUAAGCUUAGCAUUUUAUUAUAUUUUUGUUUCCUUCCACUUCCAAAUUUUCAUUCUUAAUUAUUCUUGAGAUCUGGUUUUGACUCUUGACGUGUUUGUUGUUGGACUUGUUGGUUGGUUGAUAAGAAGAGUGUUCAGACGAAAGAAAAGUAAAUAGAAGUCUAAGGCCGGAAAAGUAAAGUAAAUAUAUCUGUAUAGCUACUAUCACGGAAAAUGAGUGGCCUCUAAAUAAUGUACAUACAUACACUUAUAAAAAAC